AUACCUCCCCACAUUACUCUUCAUCAGUGGUAUAGCUUAAUAACUUGCCCUCUCUGUACGACUGAACUCACCUCAACAUCACUCAAUUCAUAGCAAAUCGGUUACAAACAGACACUUCAGCAUGCCAGGAGCGCAAGUACAUAUCUCAAGGCAUCCCUUGAUUCUCUCAAAACUCACCCAGUUGAGGCUACAUGAUCUCCCAGCUAAGGAUUUCCGAGAAGGAAUCAAAGUCAUUGGAUCAAUGUUGGUAUACGAAGCCUCUAGAGGAUUACCAUUGAUCGAUGUACCCAAUCUACAAAGUCCCAUAGCGGCAUUCACUGGGCAGGCUAUACCUUUGCGUAUUGGUCUUUCACCCAUUCUUCGAGCUGGAACGGGCUUCGUUGAUGCGGCACUGGAACUCUUCCCCGACGCUACCGUCCUCCAUCUUGGUCUGUUCAGAGACAAAGUCACCCUUCAGGCCAUCGAAUACUACUCAAAGCUCCCCACCGAGGUCACCGCAGAUCUGGUCUUUGUCUUGGAUCCACUCAUCGCUACGGGAGGGACGGCAAUUGCCGCACUAGGCAUGCUGACCGACUGGGGAUUAAGGCAAGAUCAAAUCAAGAUCGUAUCUGUACUAGGAAGCAGGCAAGGUGUCAGACACGUCUCGGAAGAGUUUCCCGACGUCGAGAUCUUCAUCGGCGCCAUUGAUGAUGAGCUCACUGAACGAGGAUACAUAUCCCCAGGUCUGGGUGAUGCGGGAGACCGACUUUUCAACACGCACAAUAAAUGACAUGCAUCGUGAGAGAGAAGGGUCGUACAUAUGUAGUAUCGUUCAUUUCCAUUCGCAUGAUUACAUUGAUGAAGGAUUUUGUUCCUUUUC